CACAUUUUGCUAGGGAGAAAAAAAACAACAGAAAGAAUUAGAGACACUGCCAGAAGAAUUAACUCUCAAGUGGGGGACCUACCACAUGACUCUUCUUUCUUCUUCCUCCUCCUCAUUUCUCACUUCCGCCAAUGUAACAAAACCAAUCAUCAUAAUCUGAUCUAAUGUCGUCGAACAACACUAUCCCCUCCGCCGCUAAUCCACCGGACCCUGUGUUUCCCUUCACCCAACCAGCAAACACUACAACUUCAUCUCCCUCUCCGCCUUCCCCCAUCGAACCCUCUUCAACCCCUCCCUUUCCCGCGGCGCGUGCAAGUGACAGAGGCUUAGCGCCAGGAGUAUUAGCUGGACUGAUCACCGGAGCAGUUCUCGGAGCAACGUUUGUUCUGAUCGGAGUUUGCGUCUUCGUCUGUUUCUACAAAAGGAAAAAGAGGAAGUUGCAGAGAAGAAGAGAUGCUGAAGCUGCCAUUGAUGGAGACUCUCCAUUACCUUCCUUGUCUGAUCAAAAACUAGAUAAUAGUAACAAUCUUCAGCAAUGGAAUCAAAGUACCACUAGCUCAGACAACGUGUUCACGUAUCAAGAUUUGGCUAAGGCAACAGAUAACUUCUCCAGCACCACCCUCAUUGGACAAGGCGGGUUUGGUUAUGUUCAUAAAGGAGUUCUUACGGACGGAAAAGAGGUUGCCAUCAAGCAGCUUAAAGCUGGAAGUGGACAAGGAGAGCGCGAGUUUCAAGCGGAGAUACAGACCAUUAGUAGAGUUCAUCACAGGCAUCUUGUUUCACUUCUUGGUUAUUGCAUAACGGGAUCUCAAAGGUUGCUUGUUUAUGAGUUUGUUCCUAACAAAACUCUCGAGUUCCAUUUACACGUAUUUGCAGAGAAAGGGAGACCAGUAAUGGAAUGGGGGAAGAGGAUGAAGAUUGCUUUGGGUGCAGCUAAAGGAUUGUCAUACUUACAUGAAGAUUGUAAUCCUAAAACAAUACACCGAGAUGUCAAGGCUGCUAAUAUUCUUAUUGACGAUAGCUAUGAGGCAAAGUUAGCAGAUUUUGGACUAGCCAGGUCUUCCUUAGACACUGAUACUCAUGUGUCAACUCGGAUUAUGGGAACAUUUGGUUACUUGGCUCCUGAGUAUGCUUCUUCUGGUAAACUCACUGAUAAAUCAGAUGUGUUCUCAUUCGGAGUGGUGCUUCUUGAACUCAUAACCGGACGCAGACCUGUUGAUAAGUCACAGCCCUUUGUUGAUGAUGAUAGCAUCGUUGAUUGGGCCAAACCUCUGAUGAUACAAGCUCUAAACGAUAGCAAUUUCGACGGUCUUGUUGACCCGCGGCUAGAGGGUAACUUUGAUAUCAGUGAAAUGACGAGAGUGGUUGCUUGCGCUGCUGCUAGUGUCCGUCAUUCAGCAAAACGCCGCCCAAAGAUGAGCCAGAUAGUUAGAGCAUUUGAAGGAAACAUAUCUCUAGAUGACUUGACGGAAGGAGUCACCCCAGGUCACAGCACUAUUUACAGCUUAGAUGGGAGCUCGGAUUAUAGCUCAACGCAAUAUAAAGAAGACUUGAAGAAAUUCAAGAAAAUGGCACUUGAAAGCCAGACAUUUGGUAGCAGUGAAUGUAGCGGUUUGACCACUAGUGACAACGGUCAGAACCCAUCAGGCUCCUCUAGCAUCACUGAAGGUUUACGUACAACGCAAGAGAUCGAACCAGAGAAGAAAACGGAUGAGACUACAAGUUAAAAACAGAGGAUUCUUGAUUCUUGGGUAGCUAAAGUCCAGCAUUUUGGGGUAGGUUAGGUGUAAACACAUUUUUCAUUUCUUCGUAUUAACGUGUGGCUUCUAUGAAAACUCGCAUGAGCCUGAUUUGGACGUGAGUAUUUGUUGGAGACUAGCCAACAAUUAUUUUAUUUCUUUUUAAGUUUGGUGUGAAGUUUAUUUUGAAGAGGUGCAAAGCUAGAUGCUUUAUGAUU